CCUCCUUUCUCUCCUCGUACCAUCCACCCCGACAACUCCCAAGGACGAUCGACCACCUUUCGCACUCGCCAUGCCUCCCAAGUUCGACCCCAAUGAGGUGAAGAUCAUUCACCUGAGAGUGACUGGUGGUGAGGUCGGUGCCCAGUCUGCUCUGGCCCCCAAGAUCGGUCCCCUCGGUCUGUCUCCCAAGAAGAUUGGUGAAGAUAUCGCCAAGAACACUGGUGACUGGAAGGGUCUGCGUGUCACCGUCAGACUCACCAUCCAGAACCGUCAGGCCGCCGUCUCCGUUGUGCCCUCCGCUUCCUCCCUGGUUAUCAAGGCCCUGAAGGAGCCUCCCCGUGACCGCAAGAAGGAGAAGAACAUCAAGCACAACAAGUCCAUCCCUCUCGACGAGAUUGUCGAGAUCGCCCGCCAGAUGCGCCACCGCUCUCUGGCUAAGGAGCUCAAGGGUAGCGUCCUUGAGAUCCUCGGUACCGCUUUCUCUGUUGGUUGCCAGGUUGAUGGCCGCAGCCCCAAGGAUGUCUCUGACGACAUCAAGGCUGGCGAGAUUGACGUCCCCUCCGAGUAAAUUAUGAUCAAUGUUUCACAGCGGUCGCGAUAUUGAUGUAUCGGCAUGCUAGUUACUGAAUAUGAUCAUUGUUCUCACGAACAAACCCACAAUGUUUUACGAGUCAUGACUAGGAUUCCCACUUCUGUUCUCAUUCGACAAAAUGAUAAGUGUUUUCGUCGGACAAUCGCGCCCAAGAUUCCUCCCUUUCUCCCCAAACAUUUCUGAUGCUUUUCACGGUCUACUUGCUGCCCCCAUGUGCGAGCCGGAUCCUGUCAAGACACAACACCUAUAUUGGAAC